AAGAGAAAAGGAACAAAAGAAGAAUCGUGCGAUUUGAAGUGGACAAGCUUUUAUAUCACUAUCAGUCACUUUUACAAUUAGAAGGUGCCACACCAUCGUGACCAUCGUGACCACCGUUACACCUUGCAGUGGUAUACCUAAACUGUAUUUUCGACCUUAAACACCAGUUAUGAUCCUCCAUUUCCUCUUGGUUAUCUGGUCACUCCCUCCAAUGCUUGUUCAUUCCAUUGAACUUGGUCAACGGAUAAACACCACUAGCAUACUGACAGAAUACACACUUGUGUGUGGAUUUGAUUACCUAUGUGACCCUAGCUCGGUAACAUUGCCGGACAAACAGAGAGCUCCAACACCUAUGGGAUAUUCUCACAUCAUUACGUGCCCACAUUGUUCAUGCAAUAUGACCAGCUGCUUUGUUGAAAAGAACUGCUGUCCGGAUAUCGUGUUCCGGUAUCCCGAUAUGUCGUGUGUUAGCCUCGCACUGUCUAACGACACUCACGGAGAUGCUGCACUGAUGGUAACGACCUGUCCGCCGGAUACCCCUCCGGAUGUCAACAUAGCAUGUACAAUAGACGAAUACAACAAUGCCAACAAAAUAACACUUGUUCCUGUGUCCUCUACAACAGACAAUGUUGUCUUCAGGAACGACAACUGUGCAAAAUGUCACGGACAAGGAAACAACUUUACCAACUGGAACUUUAAUAUAGAAUGUGACCGAAUGGUAGACAUCAACCAGUUGUCAAGUUACGAGGAAAUAUUCCAAUCCGGCCUAGAUAACAUGUGUCAGAUGAACUAUCUGUCACCUCGUACACUUGGCCACUUUGCAUGUUCCGGAGAGGAUAUCUACCUAAACCUGAAACCGUGCAAUAUUACCGGACACUGGCCUGUGUAUGAUGCAGCUAUAGAUUUUGCUUGCAGAAAUAUCCAGUCACGAUAUAGAGGAUUUGAAAACAUUUUCUGUUUUGUUUGUAACCCCAGUAAACCAGAGACCAGCCCCCUUAUUUCUGCUUGUAACAAAACUGGGAUGUGGGACACGUAUGAUUCUGAGUUAGAAUCGGCAUGUCUUCAAUAUCCACAAUCACAAAUAGCAUAUCCUUUUAAAAAUAGGUUUUGUUAUUUGUGUAAUAGAGUAAACAACAUGUCUGUCACAUUUAUGGACGCAGAAACCAUAAUAGCAUGGGAGAAAUGGGAAUAUGUUUACGAUAAUUCAUAUGAAGCAGUAUUUGGGAUAAAAUCUUUCCGCCAUGGAGAGAUACCCUAUGUAAACAUACCCAAACUCAUAUUCAACUCUUCUGUCAUUCUAUCUGACGAGCGUUUCAGUGCUAACGUAAAUGUUUCCAAACUGUUAUUUCUUCAUUACCUCCAUUUCGGAUUCGAAGAACGCUGCCCCGGUAACGCAGCAGUCGACACCUAUGGUCCAUACCAGCAAUGCAUAUGUAACCCAAUGUGCGUUACUAUAUCGCGGUGCUGUCCCGAGUUUGCAAUGAGUGGACCGGUAAAAUACACCAACGAGUUUGAGAAUUCACUUUCGGUUUCAAAAUGUUACAGAAAUAAAGAGUUUGCUAACUUCACUCUUCAAGACAAAUGUGAAGUAGACCGACCAUCUUUUGGUAUUUUUCACAUUCCAGUCAGAUCUAGAAACUCGGGUAUUCUGUAUCGUAACGUAUACUGUUUUCUUUGUAAUGAGGGACAGGAAGCUUCGGACGACGUCGGAACAGAGCCAGAAUACGAUCCACUAGAUCUCAUGAUCAAAUGCAAUUUUACGUUUCAAACCGAACGAUAUGUAUCCCUGCAAGAUAUGCUGACUGAUUUCACUCGGAUGGAACAUGACGGGAAAGGAGAACAUUGUACCGUCUCUACCGUUUAUGACCUGUUAGACAAUAGCAAACUUAUUCCGGAUACUAUACACACGUGUAAUGUUACCGGAAACUGGGAUGUAUAUGAUUUCGAUAUCGAAUGGGCUUGCCUACACUACUUUACAGAGAUAACGAGGGAUUUUUAUUUAAAAAAAUAUAAAAACAUAUUUUGUGAGAUGUGCAACACGGCACUUGAUACUGGUGUUGAAUUCACGUCGUGUAACCUAAAGGGAUUCUACGUGGAUAACAAUUCUACUAUCAGUGAUGAUUGUGAAAGAUAUCCACAAGUGACUUCUAUGAAGCCUUACAAAAACGCUUUUUGUAUGCUAUGCAAUGCCCUACCACCGUUACCCCCUCCUAUGUUCACUGAGAUUGCAGUUACAACGGACGACAACUCUUGGUAUAACGACCUGUCCUGUUCACCGGGAACCGACAUACAGUUUGAUGGCGUGAUUACAUCUACAAUAAGGGAUUUAUUUUCCAUCAGCGCUUCACCAGAGUUAUCAAGCGGCGUGGACAAUGUAUUCACCUCGUACGGAAACCAUUGUGUGGAAAACGAAAUUUACGACAUAGAAAAGAGUUCUUGCAUUUUACAAGAAUGCGCUGGAGGAAAGAUGCUGCAAGGUGAAAACUGCAUUCCUCUUCUUCAGUUGACAUCUUCCCUGGGAUACACUUUGGCGCUAAGGCUCACGGGAAGUGUACUUCCAUCUAAGAAUAUUGCAAUGGAAAACAUUUUAUACGAUUUGGAAAACAUUGUAUAUAAAUAUAUAGCAUAUGAGUUAAGUACCUCGCCGCGUAUUGUUUCCUCGUACAUAUCGACAGCUAACCGUUGCAGACAACAUAUACAGUUAGGUGAAACGAUAAACAUCACGUUUUCUUUUUACACGUCUUUCUAUUUAGAGGCCGUGGUGAACAGGUAUGACGUAGAAAGUAGGUUGAUAAACUUAACAAACCGUACAAUUAUCCACAAAACUGACAUAUUAGACACUGAUAUACUAGUUGAGACACACCAUUCAGCUUUAGAUUUGCCAGGGGAGAUAAUUUUGUUAGAUUUUGAAGCAAACUGUUUCCGUGUAACACAAAAAGAUUUGAAAUAUGAUAGGAAUGCUUACAGGUUGAAAUUAGUAUCGAAGUUAUUGUUGUGUCCACGAGUUAGAAUCGAAAAGGACAGAUACGAAAUUGACAGCAGAUCGCGCAGGAUGACAUUACUGCCAAACGGACCAGUUCUUUCUUUUGAAAACUACGAAUUCUUAGCCAACACGUCAGUGUUAAUUUGCGUAGAAGACUUUAAAGAAAUGAUAGAAGGUAGGACGUCGGAGUCAGAACAGGAUUUGCUGUCGUCAAUUCUUGGUGUUCUGUCAUUUUUGUGCACGUGUUUAUCAAUGGUGUGUCUCAUCAUCACCUUCCUGACGUACUGUUUCUUUGCCGAACUACGUACCAUACCAGGUAAAAACAAUAUGAGUCUCAUAUUCUCUCUAUUCUUUUCCCAGGGUUUGACGCAGUUUGGAAUGAUACAAACUAAACACACAAUUCCAUGUACGAUCAUAGCCAUCUGUAUUCACUUCUUCUGGCUAUCGACCUUCUUCAGUAUGAACAUAUGUUCCUUUCAUAUGUUCAGGGUGUUUGUUUUUCCGUUGAAGGAAGUCAAACGUGCUCAUAGAUGGACCUGCUUUUGUUACGUCUGUUAUAUUUUCGGGAUGUCGGCCUUGAUUGUGAUUCUAUAUAUAGCAUUGUCUGUGACUGUGUUUGAGGUUGAUAACCUUGGGUACACAGGGAAUGGAAAAUGUUUCCUCACAUCUUUUGAGUCAGUGAUCGCUACUUUCAUAUCGCCUGUAAUUUUGGUUUGUGUUUUCAACAUCGUAUUCUUUGUCGUAGUAGCUUACAAAAUUUCAACGGCACCAAAAGUUCCGUCGAACAAAAACGUACGUCAGGAAUUUCCUCUCUAUGUUAAACUGUUUGUUCUUACUGGCGCGACGUGGACUUUUCAAAUCAUAGAUGCGUUUAUUCCUUUGUCAGUUUUCUCUAUCAUCUCUGGAAUUAUUAAUUCCUUACAGGGAGUUUUUAUCUUUUUGUCAUACUCUGUAAAUAGCCGUGUUCGCAAAUUCUACAAAGAAAGACUAUCCAGUACCAGGAUUUCUCGUGUAUCACAAAAACGAACCGUUGCCGGAAGGUCAAACUAUGACAGUUUUCAAAGUGAUGAACAAUCACAAUCGGAUUCACGUUUAUGAAGUAUUUACUUUGGGUAAGAUA